AUGCGAGUGCUCUAUCUUGUAUUCUAGUGAUAAGGUGUAGGUGCGACCUCCCAGUAGACUGAUAUAAUGGCGGAAGUAUCAGUAAAAAUAUUGGUUAUCUAUCUUCUUGUAUGCUUCUCAAAUAUAGUUUUGGUAGAGUCUCUUUGUCGUGGGGACUCUUGUGUGUGUCCAUCUGAUUGUAAGUGCAAUUCCACAACCUCAACAGCGAACUGUUCAGGGUUGAACUACGCUGUUAUCCCGGAAAAUAUCAUUGACUUUGCCAACCAGAUUCUCAGCCGAAACGAUUUCACACAAGUAGCAUCAGGAGCUAUAAGUAAAGACUCACUUGUUGUGAAUCUGGAUCUUAGCAAUAACAAAAUUGCUAAAUUGAAUAACAGUUCUUUUGAUGGAGCUAAAUAUCUUGAAACAAUAAACCUUGCUGAUAAUCAACUUAUCGCUUUAGCUGAUAAUGCUUUCCUAAAAUUAAGGAACUUAACAAAUUUGGACCUAAGUGGCAAUGUAUUAGAAAGUUUCACUGCUCUAUCUUUUGAAAAAAACAUGACAAAGAUGAAAAAACUGUUGCUCCGUGAUAACAAAUUGACCACCCUUACUGAUAUGAACUCGACUUUCCCAAACCUACAGGAAAUAGACCUCAGUGGAAAUAAAUUGACAUGUGAUGUUAAUAUGGAAUGGAUACCAACAUGGCUUGAAAUAGAAGGCAAUAGCAUUAAGGGCACAUGUUAUUUACCUGAUAAGCUGCAAGGAAGAACUCUUGAUUCCAUUCUACCACAGCAGUUUAUUGAUCCUUCCUUUCUACCAAUUACACCAACUUCUAAGCCACCUGAUAAAACAACUAAGAUGGAGUCAACAAGGAAACAGAGGAUUCCAAAAAAAUCUGGAACAAAUGCUGCUGCCAUUGUUUUGCCAAUCCUCAUUAUCCUACUGUUAGUGAUGGUGGGCGCUGUUCUAUUCUGGAAGAAGUACUGGCAGCCACGGCAUGAAGACGAGAAAAAGUACAGCGCAGUUAGCAGGGAAGGAAAUACAGGCAAUCGUGUUUACAGUGAUGUAACAACAGAUUUAUAAUUGGUAGUAUGGAUGUCUUUUACUCCAGCUUUGAACAAACAUGUACACUAGCUGGUGAUAUCAUACACUGUACCAAGUUUUUUACAUUGCUUGCUUGCAGAUCUCAAGAGCUAAGAGCUGUAUUCUAUUGUGAAGAUAUUCAACUUGUUACCCUUUCCAAGUUACUAAUCUCAUUGUUAUACUGGUUCUGAUAUUGGUAUAGUGUGUCCUGUUGAGACACCAUUCAUUCUUUAAUCAUUUUAGAUAUGAUUAAGGGAAAACAUUUUACUAAUUGUGUAUACUUCAGUGAUGAAUGAACUGUCGGAUUCUUAAAAUGUGCAAUGUAUUUGAUAUGAUAAUCCAAUAAUUUUAAUUGUAAUUGUUUAAACUGAAAGCAGCAUUUUAAUGAUUCAGACAAAUAAUUUCUUUUGAAGCCCACAGACAAAAAGUAACUGAAUAAAUUCAAGAUUUGUAAAUUAAAAGAUUUUAAGCACAAGAUAAAACCUCUUUAAAUCUUCAAGAAUAACAUUCAAUGAAAUUGCAGCAUGAAUAUUACAGCAUUGCUUUCAAAGGGUACAGUGACAAGGUGUGAUAUGAUGGUGUCAACAUUUUAUUAAUUUUUUCCGCUCUUUGUUUAUAUAGUUUGUUGUUUAUGUGGUUUUUUUUUAUGGUCUGUAAUUUUUAUUUUAUAAGGUGUGAUGAUCUGUAAUUUUUUUUUUGUGUGUGGUUGAUGAGGUAGAGAUUUUAUAAGGUGUGAUGAUCUGUAAUGUUUUUUUUCUGUGGUUAAUGAGGUAGAGGUUUUAUAAGGUGUGAUGAUCUGUAAUGUUGUAUAUUUGUGUGAUUAAUGAUUUAGAGAUUUUAUAAGGUGUAAUGAUCUGUGAUGUUGUUUAUUUGUGUGGUUAAUGAAGUAAAGAUUUUAUAAGGUGUGAUGAUCUGUAAUGUUUAUUUUUGUGGUUGGUGAGCUAGAGAUUUUAUAAGGUGUGAUGAUCUGUAAUGUUGUAUAUUUGUGUGAUUAAUGAUUUAGAGAUUUUAUAAGGUGUAAUGAUCUGUGAUGUUGUUUAUUUGUGUGGUUAAUGAAGUAAAGAUUUUAUAAGGUGUGAUGAUCUGUAAUGUUGUUUAUUUUUGUGGUUGAUGAGCUAGAGAUUUUAUAAGGUGUGAUGAUCUGUAAUGGGUUUUUGUGUGUGUGUGGUUGAUGAGGUAGAGAUUUGAUCUGUAAUGUUUUUUUUUUUUUUUUGUGUGGUUGAUGAGGUAGAGAUUUUAUACGGUGUAAUGGUCUGUAAUUUUGUUUUUCUUUGGUUAAUGAGUUAGAGAUUUUAUAAGGUGUGAUGAUCUGUAAUGUUUUUUUUUUGUGUGUGGUUGAUGAGGUAGAGAUUUUAUGGGGUGUAAUGGUCUGUAAUGUUGUUUUUUUUGUGUGGUUAAUGAGGUAGAGAUUUUAUAAGGUGUAAUGAUCUGCAAUGUUGUUUUUUUUGUGUGGUUAAUGAGGUAGAGAUUUUAUAAGGUGUGAUGAUCUGUAAUGUUGUUUAUUUUUGUGUUUGAUGAGGUAGAGAUUUUAUAAGGUGAUGAUCUGUAAUGUUGUUUUUGUGUGGUUGAUGAGCUAGAGAUUUUAUAAGGUGUGAUGAUCUGUAAUGGUUUUUUGUGUGUGUGUGUGUGGUUGAUGAGGUAGAGGUUUGAUCUGUAAUGUUGUUUUUUUUGUGUGGUUGAUGGGUAGAGAUUUUAUAAGGUGUAGUGCUCUGUAAUUUUGUUUUAUCUUUGGUUAAUGAGUUAGAGAUUUUAUAAGGUGUGAUGAUCUGUAAUGUUUUUCUUUUGUGUGUGUGGUUGAUGAGGUAGAGAUUUUAUAGGGUGUAAUGGUCUGUCAUGUUGUUUUUUUGUGUGGUUAAUGAGGUAGAGAUUUUAUAAGGUGUAAUGAUCUGCAAUGUUGUUUUUUUGUGUGGUUAAUGAGGUAGAGAUUUUAUAAGGUGUAAUGAUCUGUAAUGUUGUUUUUUGUGUGGUUAAUGAGGUAGAGAUUUUAUAAGGUGUAAUGAUCUGUAAUGUUGUUUUUUUGUGUGGUUAAUGUCUUAGAGAUUUUAUAAGUUGUAAUAAUCUGUAAUGUUGUUUUUUGUGUGGUUGAUGAGGUAGAGAUUUUAUAAGGUGUAAUGAUCUGUAAUCUUGUUUUUGUGUAGUUAAUGUGGUAGAGAUUUUAUAAGGUGUAAUGAUCUGUAAUGUUGUUUUUUGUGUGGUUAAUGUGGUAGAGAUUUUAUAAGUUGUAAUGAUCUGUAAUGUUGUUUUUUGUGUGGUUGAUGAGGUAGAGAUUUUAUAAGGUGUAAUGAUCUCUAAUCUUGUUUUUGUUUGGUUGAUGUAGAGAUUUUAGAAGGUAUUAUGAUCUGUAAUGUUUUUUUCUUUUGGUUGAUGAGGUGAAGUUGGAUGACCUGUAAAUAUUUUCACAUUUUUUUUGUGAUUUAUUUGUUUUUAUUAUGAUAUUUUUUUAUUUACUAUUCUUACAUUUAUAAACUGUCAAUUAUUAAUUUCAUUAUUUUCUUUUUAGAAUACAAGUGCCUGUGAUUAAUUUAGAUAAAGCAUUCAGCUUAGGCCUUUUCAGUGUAUUGAUUAUGUAACCAGUGAAACCUGAGGGCAAUCUCCAUGUAAGAUUAGAGAUGUAUAAGUACACACAAACUUAGGAAACUGGUUAUCUUUUUUUGUUGUGCAAAAGAUAUGGAAGCUAAAUGGGUGAAUUAAAGAUGUUAUAUGGUUAUAAAUAUUUUUAAAAAUCAAAAGCAAUUAUAAUUUUGGUGUUUUUAUCCAGUUAUAUAAUUCAUUGAUGUCAACAGAGAGGAGGCAUGUGUGAUGGGCAUUCUGUAUCAAUACAACUAUACAUCUAUUGUUAUGAAAAAACUAAAAUCUUGAAUACUCUAUUUUGUUAAACAAUUUAUUAUCUCUACCAAGGAAGCUAUUUAACACCCCUGUCUGUCUUUCAGUUAGCAAGAUUACGAAAAAAAACUAAUGAAUGGAUCAUCAUACAAUUUAGUGGAGUGAUACAUAAUAAUCUAAUUCUAAGAAUGAGAUAAUUAGCUUUUAGGGAGCAAAGAUCAAGGUCACAGAAUUUGAAUUUUUACCCUCAAGCAUAACAAAAAGUAAGGGGAACCAUAGAGAAAGAAAAUUAUGGGGGGAACAUACACUGCAUACACGGCCAGUGUAUUGUCUUGUAUUCAGGCACAGGGCCGAUGCAUGCACCCUAUGGAGUGACUGCUCUAGUUUAAAUUAAGUAAUUAUUUAUUUGUUUAUUGGGGUUUUUUUUCACACAAUUGAAAUAAAUUAUACAAUAUAAUGGGAAAAUAAGGUAUAAAGUAUUUCACAGUAACGCUGUGAAAUACUGACAACUCAACUUUCUUUUUUUUUCUUUUUUGAAUUGAUCUAGAAUCUCAAACAAACAAACAUCAAAUGUAGAGAAUUUAGCAAGUUUCCUUGCUAUUGCAGUUUUUUUUUGUACAUUUUCCUCUGUGAUUUGCUGCAAAUGAUAAAUUCUUUGAACUUUUAAUGUAGCUUUCAUAUUUCUUACACACACAAAAACAAAAUAUUUGCAAACCUUUUGCCUAUUAAUUGUCUACAUAAUCAAAACAGUGACAGGUGUAUAUAAAUAUACUAAUAUAGUAAAGUAUAGUGUUUGUAUCGUAUAUUAUUUCAGCUUAGUUAAUUUAUGGUCUUUUGGUUAUUUUUUUUUUAUUUGUAAUGGUUGAAUAAUGGUAUAUAAUUUUAUUUACUUAGUCCCACCAUAUUUUUCUUAAAGUGUUUCAUUAAUCAGCUUGUCUCCCCGGUUUUGUUUGGUGCUCUUUUUUUUUAAACCUAAGUCACAAAUAGGAAUCCAUGUUUCCUUCAAAUUAUAUAUAAUUGAAUCAUAGAAAAUAUGUAAUGAAUAGUUUAUAACUUUUAAAUUGAUUUUUUUUAAAUUUUGUUUUGUGUGUUGUUUAUGUUCUUUUCUAUAUAAUAAGAGUAAAGGAGUCCAUAACCAUCUACCUUGGUUGGGGCUGAGAUGAGCUAAUUGGCACCUCCUCUAGACCUACAUCUAAAAGCAUAAAAAAGUAUGGAUGUUGGCUGUUUUCCAAUUGGAGCAAGGAGUGCCAAAACAAGAAGUAAACAGAACAAAUUAGCAAGAAAAAAAAUUCCCAAAGUUAACAUGCCAAACUUGGUUGUAAACAAUUUUCCACAAAUAGGAAUCUUUGGAAAAUUCUUUCAAGGAGGAAUCUUUUGACCUUCAGUUUUGGUGACCAAAAUUUGAGUCACUACCCGUAAAUUCAGAACUAGAGAUUUAUAAUAUUACAUUACAUUGGUUGAUAUAGUAAACACUGUAUGUAAUAUUGCAUUAAGUUGGUUGAUUGUAAUAUUAAUGUGAUGUUACACUUUAUUACCUUAGGCCAGACUUUUUUUAUACCUUGUUUAGCAAACCCACUUAUCACCAAAAAUGGUGAUUUUGAAUAAAAAGUAAAAUGUUAUUUUUGGCCAGUUAUCGCAUCCUCUUCAUUCGUAAAAAAAUAAAAUGUUAUAUUUAUUUCGCAAAACAAUGGUCAUUCAGAGAUAAAAUAUAAUUGAGUGCAUGAAAAAUUGUAUGUGCACAACAGAGUGCUAUCUUGUCCCUAUUACCAAUAGUUCCAUCAAUUGUAUUAACUGUAUUAAUUAUUGAAUUGUUAUUGGAAAAGUGUCUUUGUAAAUAUGUGAUUGGAUCAUGCUCUUGGCUUGUAGUUUACAGAUUUACAUUGUUAAAGCUCAUUACUAACAAAAUCCUGUCUUUCAAUUUUCCCACAACCUUACCUUGAAGUGUUGCUAGUUUUUCAUAUUUUGUUAAGAUUUGUGUAAUCACCAUGAACUCAUGAAGAGUAUUCAUAUCUGCUGCUUAUCUGAAAUGCGUUCAGUUUGAUUGCAUUUGUUAAACAAAACAUAUUUUUGUAUUGCUCAUUACUAAAUUAUAGUAUUUAAUUCUAUAUGAAGGUGUCCUUAAAGAUUUUAUAAAUCUUGUGAAAUUCUCUUGAAAUGUGCAUAAAAUAAAAGAACUACAUUUUUUCAUUAAAUUGUAUGCAGAAUCAUGGUAAAAUGGUUAGUCAAUAAUAAUAAUAAUUAUUCUUAAUUUUUGAUUGACAACUAAUUGCCAAAAAACAUUCAUAUGGUAAAUGAAUUGAUAGUAUUGAAAUAUAUUUUUAAAAUAUGACAGAAUUAAUUAUGAAAAGUUUAUAAUUAUUUAUUCCCUUCCAAAUAUCAUCAUCAUCAUGAUCGUAAUAAUGUUCUUUAAUAUAAUGUAAUUGAAAAAAAAUGUAUUCUAAUCCAAAUGAUUAUUUUUGUAUGUCAAAAAACAUGAAUGUCUUGGUGAUGUAUUCCUUGUUUUACUACUGUUUGAAUAUUAGAGUAUUUAUGAUAAGAUUAUCAGUUGCUAGAAUUUGUACAAUUCUAUUUGUUGGAAUGUCUAGCUAAGAAUACCUGGUAUACUGGUUCAGUUUAACAUACUGUCAGUUAAUAUGAAUAUUCAAAUUUUGUAUGAGACAUCAGCAAAUCAGAUUGUACAUAACCAAUUAACCAUUGAUAUUUCAGUAACAAAUUGUUACAUGUUUACAAUUCACCCUCAUUUUUCAAGAUGCGCUUUGUUUAUCACGGUGCACCCUUGUUUAUCAAGCUGUGCCCUUGUUGAAAUGUUUGUCUUUGCUUUUGAAAAUUAUGACAUUUCUAAUAUAUAUAGCGGCUUUAAAAUUAAUGUAAGGUAUUAUGUAUGUAUUAUAC